UGCGUGUGUUGAGUGCAACAACCAUAGUGCCCGCCACAAUAUUUUUGAACUAUCAAAAAAGAUAUGAAAAUAUUUCUUGCUUUACAUUGAUAAGAUCCGUCCAGACUGUCUACAACCAUGUCUGUGGCACCGAUGGGCAAUUUGCCCUACUGCAAAGGUCUGUGGUCUGUAAUAUCUGGAACUACUUGUCGCUGUGAUAAAGCACUUGUAGAAGAUGAGAUUAAAAGUGCUACUGCGAUUCUUCAAGAUGGUUUGUCUUAUUUUAAAACAUAUACAGAAGAAUCUUUGCAAGCAGUUAAUAAGACAAAUCCUCCUCCUAAGAUGUAUGACCUAAUUAGCAAAUUAGCUCCUCUUUUGAAUUUGGAUGCAAAAAUAGCUUGGGAUUUAGUAUGCAAUUUUAUGAUUUAUGAGUAUCGCAAUUGUCCAGAAACUUUUGCAUCUCAACUCACAGAUUUAUCUACUAUGCAAGCUCUCAUAGAACAAAUCUGGAAUUUUUACUACACAGAACGCAUAACUCUAGUAAAGUGCUUGAAGUUAAUGGUUGAAUACCGCGAAAAUGAUUCUCAUCCUCACAAAAGUCAUUUUGUUAAAUUUUUUGAUGAAGUUCUAUUCAUGGAACUUUUGGAAUCAAUCCGUAAGCAAAUAGAGGCUUUAAAAUAUAUAAACCCACCUACUCGAUCACAGUUAUUCACAGAAGAACAUCAGUAUCAACUUUAUAAUAGUUGCCUGAUUGAAAUGAGAGAAUUAUUGCACAUUUUUACUAUCAUUUUACAUGAAGUACAUGUUGCUGAAAAUCAAUUUGUAAAUAUUUAUGGAAGUAUUAGUGGGGAACCACGCCGACUCACAAACAGUCAAAGUCAUGAAGAAAAAGAAGCUGUUAAAAAAAAACUUCAAGAAAUUCAAUACAGUCAAGCUGCAUUACUUAUUGUUGGCUUAGACAUGAUGAAACAUACUGGAAUGGAAGAUUGGAUUAGAGAGGUACGCUGCAGUAUGGAAGACGUUUUGCAGAAUAAAUGUGUCAGAGAUCCUACUUCACAAGAUGGUCCUCUCAUGUUGGCUUGGAUGCUAGCCAACUAUGCAAUUGAUCCAGAUAAUUCAGAAACGUUUAUGCGAUAUAGAGUUUAUGGUGUCAAAGCAAUACAUUUAAAUGUAUUUUAUUAUUUACAACAAAUGCUUGAUUCGGAAAUGAUAAAAGAAAAAACACAAUAUGCUACAACUGUUAGGGGCAGCAUUUAUAAUUUACUAUCCUUACUCUGUGCUUUUGUCGAUGAUGAAAAAUUCGAUAUCUUUCCAGGUAUUUUUGAAGCAUGUGCUUCUACUCUAAGUUUCCCUGAGUCUGCAGAACGUUUUUGGAAAGAAAAAGAAGAAGGAACUGGCUUAUGGCCUAUUAUAAAAUAUUCUAUGCUCUGGUUCCCGUAUCGAUUUGAACCGUUGACAACUAUAAUUACUGGACUAUCAAGAGCAUCUUCUUUUAGUGCCAAAAAAACUCUUGGUCUCAUUGAAAAUCUUCCAUCUAUAGCUUUAGAAAUUAAUAGAAAUUAUUUGAACAGUAAUAUGCAAUGCAGGCCUUACGAUCAAUGCUUUAUUCAUCAGAAUACCUUUACCAUUCCAUCCAAGUGUCAGUUUAUGAAAAUGCAUCGAGAUAAUGGCAGAGCUGACUGCGAAUUGAUUGUUUUUAAAAUAAAGGCUAGCUUUUGGGAUGCUUUUCACCAUAAAAUCGAAUUAUUACUACAUCAAGCCAGUAGAGGGAUUGCAAACUUAGUCACGGAAAAUAAUGUACUCCUAGAUCAAGUUCAAUUGGGUUUUGGUCUGUUAGAAGCACUUUUAUCUGCAGAAGUAGAUGUAUCUUCUGGCAUGGUGAUUCCUACAGAGUUGAGUUUUGAAGUUGUUCAUCGUUUUUCUUAUCCUGUUUUGCCUGUUAAUAUAUACAAGGUAGUAGCAGCAUCUUUCAAGGUUUCAUCGAAAUUAGUAUUACGCUAUCCGGAAGACGUAUUAUCACGCAUGCGAUCGGGUGUUUAUCCGCGUUUCGAUGAUCGCUAUCAGCAAACAACUGAAUUUGCUCAAGCAGUCGCUUUUGAUGGUGGUCUUGUAGCCUCCUGGUUAUCGAGUAUCGAAACAAUACAACAUGCCUACCCGAUCCUCGAUGCUUACAUGGAUACUUUGUCGGAUUACUUAGAACUGCGCCAUAGCAAAGAAGCUCUCUAUAAUAUUGAAAUUCCGGGCAUGAUUAUGUUGCUGCAGAGUGUUUUACCAAAAUUAGAUUCAUGGUAUUUUCGUUCGGAACUCGAGAGAGUUGAAUUGUGGAUGAAAUGUGUAAAAUGCUUGCAUCGAUCUUUGGAUGUUGUUAUUGGAAAAAAGGACGAAACACGUAGUGAACUCAGAAAAAUUGUUACAUAUAAUUUGAUGCAUUUGGAGCCAAGACAUGCACUGUUAAAACUCGUAAGAACUGGUGAAAAAACUCUUAGAAACAGAAUGUUAGGAGAAACUGACUGGAUAGCUGGUAAAGGUUUCAAGGUAAUGAAAACUGUACAGUUAGCAUUGUCCGUUGUAAACCGCUUGUUGAUGUAUCGUAAAAAUUUGGGUUUUAAUGUCGACGAACGCUCACCCCUAGAAUCAGCACUUUAUGCUUCACCAUCUCUACCCAAUGCUUUACUCAUUGUUCCAACAAUUGUUGAUUACCUUUAUGUCUGGUUUAGUCCGGCAUUGCAAGCCAUGGCUGUACGUUUAUUGAAAAAAUUUGCGGAAGGAUUAUCAAUGUCGUUGCUAGUCUGUAUGGGGAUGGAUGGUACAGCCAUCAGAGAAACUUUUGCUUCAAGGCUUAUGUCUCCUACUUGUGGAGCAGAAGUCAAAGUAGCUAUACUUGAACUCGUUACUGUUUGUCUGGAUAAACAACCUGGUUUAACUGAGGCAAUGUUUAACAUAAUGCAUCAAGCCGAACGUCGCAGAAUAUUCCCUCGACCAGCCGAUGAAUUUCUCACUGAAGGCUGCACUCGUUUUCUUGAUCUAUAUCUUAAACGUGUGCAAAAGGAGGACGAUAUAAUCUACGAUCGGUUAUACGAUAGUACCAUGAACUUGCUACGAGCUAUGUGGCAUCAUCGUAAUGAAAUUUUAGUCAACUUUUUCCGUAAAAGGCCAGAAUUCUGGAGUAAACUUUUUGCACCAUUGCUCCGUAAGUUAGUGCCAGGUGUCAAAGGAUACUCGCAGUUGUUAGAUAUUAUAACUAUCGAAUUAUUCAAAAGUCCGUCGUUCGAAAAAGAUUUUACCAUGAAUUUGGAUAUACUGUUAGAUGACAAAUCAAACCAUUGGGACAAUUUGGUUAAGUAUAUUUUUGAUAGUAUUCCUCCUCCACCGCCGAAUCAAACAAACCAACAAGAUGAAAAAAUGGAUGAUGGCGAAGACGACGAAUUAGUUCUAUGCGAAAAAGAAGCAUCAAUGAAACCCUUAUACGAAACUAAUUUAGAAUCAUGGUACCAAAUGAUGGUUGUUUUGACAAGUGAACGUACGAGCCGAAAUCAUUCUGUGAGUCCUCGGCAAGCCAAGCUCACCACUGGUUUAGUCUUGGAUCAACUUCUCAUUCGUUUAAAGGUGAUACCUCCAACAUCGAAACGAGCUCGUUUGAGCGCAGGAAAGUUAACGAUGCUUCUAGGUUCUAUAGCUCUUCGUUGUUUGAACUCAUGGAAAUCCAAAUGCAUGGGCUCUGAUACUAGUAGUUCAGAUGAUUUGAAAAACAAACUAGUGGAAUCAAUGCAAGAAAUUAGUCAAACCUACCGCGCCUACGGUAAAGGAUUACGACAGACUUUAAUAUCAUUACUUCUUCACUGGUUAGAUCUUGUAGAAGAUUCUUUAAUAAAUGAUGAGGCUAUGCUAGAAUAUCUUCUUGGUCAAGCAUGUAUUUUGGCCUGCGGAGAUAUUGAGCAACUACGUGAAUCCGCCCGUAUUCGCGACAAAAAGCGCAAACCCUUUGACAAAGAUACAGAACCUGAAAGACUUGAGGCUGAAGAAGUGGCCGCCGUCUCUGAAUGUGUACCUGCUACUCUGACAGUCUGCUUGGUAACACGUUUACUGAGAUUCAAAAUAGAACGCAGUAAAACUAAUAGGUGUAAGCCAGCAAAUACGUUGUUGCGACAACUCUUGCCUGAACUGUUAAUAUGUCUUGGUAUCACCCUUCAAAAACAUGCAUACAUGAAAUUUAGCAAAGCUGCAUUAAUGCUACUGAGCGUUAUCACAGGCUCAUUUUUUGGUCCAUUACCGAUAGAUGAGGAAUCUAUAGCCAAAUUAUGGCUUGCUCUCAUUCCGCCUAAAGAUAUUAAAAAUAGUUUGCAGGAUUCUCUGUACGAGGACUGCCCGAGUAGUCGCAGUAGAUGGCAAUGCCAAGAAUGGUGGCCUUUAUAUACUGCUGGUCUGGAAUUCAUCAUUGCGUUGAUCAAUGGCCCAGACUCGAACACGUCCACGCGAAUAACUCAGAUUGUUCUCUUCCUGGGCUCGCACGAGCAUCUGCUUACCGAAGCCUCGACUUUAUUGCGCCAUACCGCCGAUCCGGUGGCUGCCGAUUUGAUCCUAUCGCUCGUCAAUCUCAUCUCAGCUUUAUCUUGCCGGUCCACUUUCUGGAAGUCGUUGCAUCUCUCUAUAAAGGAAUCAUUAACGAAAUCCAUGUACCUAUCUUAUGACAGCACAGUUAAUUUAUUGCUUCGUCCUCGUAUCCUAAAAUUCAUAAUCGACGGUAUAAGCGUGGAAAGUGCCGAAGAAUUACAAAGUUGCGAUGAACGACAACUGAGCGCUGAGCUCAGGCUAUUGGUUAACAAGCUGAUACUCAUCAACACCUGUUGUGCUCAAAGUUUUGUACGUUUCUCUCCGAAGCUCAAUGCACUUGUUGAUAGCAUACACGAACAGGAAGAUUUUUGGUAUGCUCCAAUGGCAGAGAUGAAUUUUGGACCUCCACAAAUGUCAAUGACUUCAGGACCACGUCUAACUUAUGGAGCCAUCAUCAGUGCAACGCAACUUUUUACUCAAGCUCAAUGGCAAGUCAUGUUACGAACUUCAGGUGGCUCACAUCAUCAAAUGCAACCUCCACGAACAAAACCUACGAGUCCAUCGAUACAUGGUCGUGAUGAUCGUAUCGAUUCAGCUCGACGUGAAUGGGAACGUGCUACCCCCGAAAAUCUACGUCGUAUGCACGCAAAAGAUUUGAGGCAAAUUCUCAAUCCUACUAUGUCAACGUCGAGUCUUGGACCUUCUAUAAUCGCCAGUGGAUCAUCGUCUAAACUAGACUUUUCUAAUUAUCUAUCUGCACAUGAUUUGACUGUACCACUGUUAAGUGCCCCGAGAUUGAUCAAACGUCCGUUCGAUCCCUUAAUUUGUGAAAACAUGAUACUUUCGAAAGCAACCGCUCUGGGACCGUUGGGCAGCAGAUCUCGCAGAGCUACAAGUCCUGGACCAGCGAAGGUGCUCGAUACGUCUGCCAGAGGUCGAAGUCCUGCUAAAGACGGCUCUGGAGCAGGCAAUGCAAAUGGAUCCAGUUGGAGUGAUCCAUGGUUCGAUUCGAUGGAUGAAAACAAUACUAGGCUUGCAUUAGAAGUUAAUUUAGUUCUUCUCCUUUGUCAAGCAUUAGAAGGCGUUAGAAGCCCUAGAUUAGCCAUAAGAGAUAAACAGCUGAUAGUCCGAGAAACUGCAACUGAGCUAGGGGUAUUCUUUGAUUUUCUAGACAAUAGAGGAUAUCUCAAUGACUGGUCCGUAAGUGCCAGUUUAGUAGAUCCAGAAAAUGACAGAUGCAGAAUUGUAUUGGCUCCUGAAGAUACGGAUCGCCGAUUACCGGCAAGACUUGAUGCCAAAGCUACCUUUCACAAAGUGCCAAAAAUGGUAGCAAUGCUCGAAACAAUUGACGAAGAACCUCUUGAAGUGUCAAGAUCCGAAAGUUAUGUAGUUGAUGUUAUAACGACAGGUUGUUUUCCAAUCCGCAUAGAUAUGUCGAAAUUUUUGCCUUUGUUAGGAAAAUUACUCAAAUCGGUUGUCGAAUCUUUAGAUUCAGCGCAGUUUGGGUGUUAAUGCAUAUUAAUGCAUGAUAGACUCUUUUCCGCAAUUUUCUAUUUCCGUGAUAAAUUAAUAACGAAGAAUUGAAAAUAGCAAUGAAUUUUUUAUCAUAAAAUAAUGUCCGAAACUGAUAUGAAAUUAUGCGAGUUAACAACAAAAGAGAACUCCAUAGGCGUUUGUAUGUAUUUACUGUUAAUACUUGAAA